AUGAUGAAGGCACGGUUGCGCUCAGCACGGUGUUUGAAGGAAGACGUCGUGGACGCAAAGAACUCCCCAGACUCGAGCAGUAGAUGCGCUACUCGUGCCAAGCCCAAAUCUGCCAAUGCGAGGCCGACUGAACCUCGAGUCGCGGCCAAGAGAAAACCCGAGCUGAAGCGAACGGAAGCUGAGAAUCCCGCUGAAAGACAGUUGCCUGUUACGAAUGUGACACCAGCAGCUGCCGCCUUUGACGCGCAGCAGGAACCCACAUCUUCAAAAACGUAUAAAAGAGCUGGUUCAGCGCCGUUUAAAAUUGAAUAUUCGCAUGGUCCACGUCAUGAAACGGACAAAACAUCCCCUUACUUUCCUUGGGUGCCUAAAAAUUGGGAGGAGGUCUUGGCAAAUGUGCGCAAAAUGCGCCAGGCAAUCGAAGCCCCUGUCGACACCAUGGGCUGCGAUAAGUGUGCCGACCAGUCAGUUCCACAAAAGCUUGUUCGUUACCAGCUUUUGGUUUCACUGAUGUUGUCGAGCCAGACAAAAGAUGAAGUGACACAUGCAGCAGUGGGACGCCUCCGUGAGUUUUCCCUGACUCCGGAAAGUAUGGCAGCAGCCAACGAAAAGCAUAUUGAACAACUCAUCUACCCUGUUAGCUUCUACAAGAAUAAAGCCAAGCAUCUGAAGCAGACAGCUAAGGUACUACUGGAGAAGUAUGAUGGAGACAUUCCGGACAGUGUGGAAAGCCUGUGCAGUCUGCCAGGAGUUGGGCCCAAGAUGGCCUACCUGGCCAUGAGCUGUGGCUGGGGCCACACUGUGGGCAUUGGUGUUGAUACGCAUGUGCACCGCAUUUCCAAUAGACUUGGCUGGCUGCCUGCACCUACCAAGACACCAGAACAGACACGCAAAGCACUGGAGGCGUGGCUGCCCAGAGAGCUGUGGGAUGAAGUAAACCACCUGCUGGUUGGGUUUGGCCAGACGGUGUGCAAGCCGGUGGGUCCCAAGUGUUCCACCUGUCUCAACAUGGAGCUGUGCCCUUUCGGCAGGAAGCAAGGCAAGAGCUCCAGAAAGAAGGCACUGCUGUGCCACAGAUGCUGUACACACUAUUUGCAUCCGUUGUCCUGUUUGGCCCAAGGAAAGCCUGAACCUACACAUUGUGCAUGCUUUGUGGCAUCGCCAGCCGAUGUAUCUUCUUGCAAGGAAGGUGGACAAACGACCUCACAGGAAUCAACCUUGGGGCUAGUUGUCAAGACAUACUUUGGCGUGAACUUUGAUCGCCGCCAACCUCACCUGGAAGUUGGUUCCUCAACUCUCACUAUCGCUGCGGAUGCGCAGAGACCACAGCCAUCUGGUGGUGAUGCAAGGAACCCAGCAGAGGUGUCACGUGCCUCCUCCACUGUGAUUGGUUUGCCUAUUCGGUGACAAAACAGCCACGCAGCCCCUACAGUCACCAAAACCCGGUGAUGUUCCCAAAGACAAG